AGCCCAGUACUCGCCGAGGUCUGUCCCUAGACUCUCACCCGUCCCGCACCCUCCCGGGCGUUCCGACGCUUUGACUUGCUCUUCCAGGACCCUGCCACCACCUCAACUGACCCGGCCAGUGGCGCUCCGAGAGGGGAAGGUCAAGUUCCCCGCCCGGGCCGGUGCGCGCAGAGCUAAGGGAGCGCAGAGACUGCGGGGAGACUGAGGCGGCGCAGGAGUUACAAAGUCGCAGCGCAAGCCUGGGCCGCCGCCGAGCAACGCCGAAGCGCAGCUUGGCGAGUGGCAGCGCCCCCAGCGUGGCGCCCCGGGGCCGGGCCCGCCGCCCGGGACCCGGGCUGGGGCGCGGCGGGAGCCCGGAGCCCGGCGCCCCUAUGCGCCGCCUCAACGCCGCAGCGCGACAGCUAUGACCCUGAGCACGGAGAUGUCCGAUGCCUCCGGCCUCGCCGAGGAGACAGACAUCGACGUAGUGGGGGAGGGCGAGGACGAAGACGACGAGGAAGAGGAGGACGACGACGAGGGCGGUGGUGGCGAGCCCCGGCUGGCUGUCCCUGCGCAGCGGCGGCGGCGGCGGCGCUCGUACGCCGGCGAGGACGAGCUAGAGGACCUGGAGGAGGAGGACGAGGACGAUGACAUCCUGCUGGCCCCGCGGACAGGGGGCUCCCCGGUGCCCCCGGGCCCAGCAGCGUCGACAGGCGCCGGGACCGGUGGGGGCGGGAGCGCGGGCGGCGGCGGCGGCGGGAGCGCGGGCGGCGGCGCCAAGAACCCACUGGUGAAGCCGCCCUACUCGUACAUCGCGCUCAUCACCAUGGCCAUCCUGCAGAGCCCCAAGAAGCGGCUGACGCUGAGCGAGAUCUGCGAGUUCAUCAGCGGACGCUUCCCCUACUACCGGGAGAAGUUCCCCGCCUGGCAGAACAGCAUCCGCCACAACCUCUCGCUCAACGACUGCUUCGUCAAGAUCCCCCGCGAGCCCGGCAACCCCGGCAAAGGCAACUACUGGACGCUCGACCCGGAGUCCGCGGACAUGUUCGACAACGGCAGCUUCCUGCGCCGGAGGAAGCGCUUCAAGCGGCAGCCGCUGCUCCCGCCCAACGCCGCCGCCGCCGCCGAGUCGCUGCUGCUCCGCGGCGCGGGGGGCGCGGGGGGCGCGGGCGACCCGGCGGCUGCCGCCGCGCUCUUCCCGCCUGCGCCGCCACCGCCCCCGCAUGCCUAUGGCUACGGCCCCUACGGCUGCGGCUACGGCCUGCAGCUGCCACCCUACGCGCCGCCCUCGGCCCUCUUUGCUGCCGCCGCCGCCGCUGCCGCCGCCUUCCACCCGCACUCGCCCCCGCCGCCCCCGCCGCCGCACGGCGCGGCCGCCGAGUUGGCCCGGACCGCCUUCGGCUACCGGCCGCACCCGCUCGGCGCCGCCUUGCCCGGUCCCUUGCAGGCCUCCGCGACCAAGGCGGGCGGCCCCGGCGCCUCCGCUCUGGCGCGCUCGCCCUUCUCCAUCGAGAGCAUCAUCGGGGGGAGCCUGGGCGCCGCCGCCGCCGCUGCCGCGCAGGCCGCCGCCGCCGUGCAGGCCUCGCCCUCGCCGGUGGUGACGCCGUCGGCUCCCGGAUCCGGCGGCGGCGGCUGCGCAGCUCAGGCGGCCGUGGGUCCCGCUGCCGCGCUCACUCGCUCCCUCGUGGCCGCCGCGGCCGCCGCCGCCUCCUCCGUCUCCUCCUCGGCUGCCUUGGGGACUCUGCACCAAGGGACUGCCCUGUCCAGUGUCGAGAACUUUACCGCUAGAAUUUCAAAUUGUUAAUAACGCUAUGUUAGCUCGCUUGAGAAAGAGAAGGUAGGAAUCCCGCUGCUUUUUUUCAUCCUGGUGGUUUGCUGUUUUGUUCGGUCCUCCUGGAGCGGCCCCUCCCGACCUCACGCCCCCAUUUUCGCCGCUUCGGAUCCACAGAGACUGUUUGGCGACAGCUCAGCGCGCUCUUUGGCUCUGCAGGUCUCUCUAUUUAUGCAAAGUCUCUCUAAGCUGCAGCCUCUGGCCCGGGUGGGGAGGAAGAGGGUGCUGGUGGAUUCUGCCCUGUCUAGGCGCAAGGGGCUUCCUUGACUUUUGGGAAAUCUUAAAAAUUCUAAGCCUUUUUGAGGUCUAGAGAGUCUCAGGUCCAGGCGUUAAAAAAUAAGUAAUGUUCAAAAGACGAAUACAAAAAUAGUAAAGGUCCCGCAGAAUGCCAGCGAAGCAAUAGUUUUUAUUUGAGGACACUUGUCUGGUGUACUUUUUCAUAAAAGGAAAAAAAUGAUUAACAUGUUUACACAAGGAAAAAAGUCAGAAUUACUUCUUAUUUUAACCUGUGUUUUGUAUCAUAAUAGACACGCGGAAUUUUUAUUUUGUACUUACUGCGUAUUCUUUACAAGGAGUAUUGUAAAUUUUACUGGCAAUUAUUGUACCAUUCUAUUGUAGUGUAAAGAUUUUUACACUUUUUCAGAAAUAAAAUGCUUAAUUUUCAAAGAAAACCUA